CCACACCUCUUCAACAUAGUUCUAAACCAACUUCUUUCUCUUUCAAAAUGACUUCAAUUCGAACUUCUUCAUACUCAAUUGAAGAAGAUGUGCACUUGUGUCAUGUGUAUCUUGACAUUUCUCAAAAUCCAAUCAUAGGAAUUAACCAAUCCAGAGAUCAGAUGUGGGCAAGAGUUGAAUUAGCAUAUCACUCUGGGCAGUUUAGUAGUCAACCUCGACCGAGAAGAUCUUUGCAAACUCGAAUGACGACCAUUCUUGCGGAAAUUUCAAAAUUGAGGGGAUGCGUCAACCAAAUUGAAAAUAAAAAUCCAAGUGGUGCUUCUCAAGAAGAUAUUUUAAAUCAAGCGAAGAUGCUAUUAGCACAAGAUCCAAAGUACAUAAGAGGGUUCAAAUUUGCUCAUGUGUGGUCCAUUCUUAAAGAUUGUGAGAAAUUUACAAAUGACAACACCAAUUCACCAGCUAGAUUCCAACAACAACGUCGUAGUUUCAAUUCCCCCCAAUCUUGUUCUUCUGGCUUCGAAUCACCGACAUCAGCACCCACCGGUAUGAGUUCAUUUGAUCUUAAUAUGAAUGAGGAGGAAGUUCCUAUUAAUUUAUCUAAAAGACCUAUCGGUGUGAAAAAAGCAAAAGGAAAACAAAAAAGUGAUGAACAAUUUAAGAAAUUAAUGGAACAAAGUCAAAAACUUGUUAACGUUAUAGAAAAGGGUAACUUUGAAAGAAAUGAACUUCUGAGACAAAAGGUUGAUGUGGCUAGAAUGAGAGAAGAGAAUAAAAUUUUAUUUAUGGAUAUGAAUUCUAUAUCCGAUCCAGAGUUUCGCCAAUUUAUUCAAAGCGAAAUGAGAAAAAUUUAUAGAUCAAGAGCACAAACAUCCGAACAUGGAGAACAAGGAGAAGGAUCUCAAUAUCAGGGAUCUCAAUAUCGAGCAUCUCAGUUCCAAAGAUCUCAAUAUGAAGAAGAACACAGAGAAGGAGCUGAAGAUGAACAUCAACGAUCUCAAAAUCCUUCACAAGAUUAUAGUCAAUAUUAUGACUAUCUUGGCGGAACUGGGAAUAAUUUUUAA